UUCAUUGUUAUCAUCUUGGCCGCCGGGAUGGUGGCCUUCAUCGGAGCGGUAAUCUGCAUCAUCGCGGCCGUCCACACCGGAGCCUCCAAGACGGCCGCGGCACAGCAGCAACCAGCAACCGACAACCACUCGCUGUAUACGGACGCCGCGGCGCAAACCCCGGCUGCUGGGGGCUCGGUGGCUCGGGCCGGAUCUUUGGGCGCUCUCCAUGGUUCUGAAACGCCCGCAUCACAGGCGCCAACCUUUAACAUCGGGCUUGGUGGGCUGGACGGGGUCACCGGACUCUCUGGGCAUGACCCAACGGUCAGUCGACUCAUCUGCACGCCGAUCCCAGCUGGUGAGUGCAACCCGAAAAACUUUCAGCAACAAGCGGACGACCCGUCGCUGUACGCAGGCGAAGAUUGGGGUUUUCUCCGCACCACCGCGGAGGACCUCCGGCAGACAGUUCUGCAGCAGAAGGACCAAAUAUUAACAGACCAGCGGACCAUCAGAGAGCUAACGGGGAAACUAUCCGAGUGUGAAAAGGGGCUGGACGGCCAAAGCAGCAUCCCGGACAGACGAGGAAGCGCUGCGGGACUGAGGGGGGGCAAAGGCACGGCAGAUGAGAAGCACCUGGAGAGGAUCAUGGUGCGGGAUAGCCCGGGGUCGACCUCUGACAGUGUCCACUUUCUCACCGUCAGGGCUGUGGAUGAACUGGAGCAGGCUAUCACCCAGCUCAAAGACCGCAUAGAGAAACUGGAGUCAGACAUUGGCCCAUUUCCUCACAACCAGACGGAUAGCAGUACCUCAGGAGCGCCAGAGGAAGGCGGGAUGUCUGGCAACCCAGAAAAGUUGGCUGAUCCUGGGUACAGAGCUGGUGCCGAGAGGCCCUGGAGGAUGGAAGACUUGGAGGGGGAGCUGGAGAGGAAGGUGGAGAUGCUUGAGAAAGAGAGAAAAGCCCUGAGGCUAGAAACAGAGGCACACAGACAUGAAAUCAACCAGGGCAUCAAUAAACUACACCACCGAAUCUCAGUGUUAGAGGAUGGUGUCUCAGGGCAUUCUUUCCCAGAGGGCUACAGACUGUCUUUCCCAACUCGGACAAACUACAUGUAUGCUGUUUUGAAACACCCCAUCCCAAAGCUGCGGGCCUUCACCAUCUGCCUGUGGCUACGGCCUGCAGAAGGAGGCAUUGGUACGCCCCUGUCGUAUGCAGUUCCCGACCAACCAAAUGAACUGGUGCUGCUGCAAGGCCUGCAUACCCCCACUGAGCUGCUCAUCAAUGACAAGGUGGCGCAGUUGCCUCUGAACCUCUCCAGAGGAAGCUGGCAGCACAUCUGUGUCAGCUGGAGCCAGAAAGGAGGAGCCUGGCAAGCCUACCAGGGGGGAAAGCUGAGGGGCGACGGCCAUGCACUGGCAGCUGGACAUCUCAUCAGACCUGGAGGAGUCCUCGUACUGGGGCAGGAGCAGGAUUCCCUGGGUGGAGGUUUUGACUCAUCCCAAGCCUUGGUUGGAGAGUUGUCCCAGGUGGGUCUCUGGGACCGGGUGCUGCCUUCUAGCCAGGUGGCCAGCUUGGCACGUUGUGGCAAAGUAACCCAGGGCAAUGUGGCCCCCUGGACUGAGAGCGGAGUUGAGGUUUACGGUGGAGCCACCAAGGACCCAGGGGAGCCUUGUAGUAAACACAGCCGAAGCUCUCAGUGA